GGAUGGGAUGAUGUUAGUUUCCAUGGUUCUGAUCAGAUUCCAACACCAAACAUUGAUGAGUUGGCUUACAGUGGUGUAUUAUUACAUAACUACUAUGUACAACCAAUUUGUACACCUACAAGGGCAGCCCUCAUGACAGGAAGACAUCCUAUACAUUUAGGUUUACAGCAUGAUGUUAUUUACGGUGCUCAGCCCUAUGGUCUAAGGCUAAAUGAAACCACAAUGGCACAACAUUUAAAGGGUUUAGGAUUACACAACACAUAUGGUGGGCAAGGUAAGUGGCAUCUUGGGUUUUUCACAGAAGAACAUACUCCAACACACAGAGGAUUUGAAACCACUUUGGGUAAAUACUGGGGUUAUGACAUGAGAAGAAAUGGGGUGCUAGACUACAGUACAUAUGGACAAUAUGCAACAGAUUUAUUUACCAUGGAAUCUCUGAAUAUCAUUGCUAAUUAUGCAAACUCAACACAGCCAUUAUUUCUGUAUCUGGCCCACCUAGGAGUCCAUGCUGGUAAUAAUAUAUAUCCACUACAGGCGCCUGAAACCUACACCAAGAGAUUUCCACAUAUACAAAGUGAAAAAAGAAAGUUAUUGGCAGGUAUGGUAGCUGCAGUGGACGAUUCCAUUGGCUAUGUGAUGCAAGCCUUGAAAGCUAACAAUAUGUACAAUAACUCAGUAAUCAUAGUAACCACCGACAAUGGUGGACCAGUGAAUGGUUACGAUGGCAAUGAUGCAUCAAACUGGCCAUUGAGGGGAUGUAAACAUACACUGUGGGAGGGUGGUGUGAGGGGUAAUGGAUUUAUUCAUAGCCCUCUGCUGCAAGCUCCAGGACGUGUAUCUACUGAGUUGAUGCAUGUCUGUGAUUGGCUACCUACCCUAUACCAUGUUGCCGGGGGUGAUAUUAAAAAUUUGACUAAUCUAGAUGGUUAUAAUAUGUGGGACACUCUUUCAAGGCAAGUGGAUUUGAAGAUUUAA